AUGGAUAAUUGGUUAACUGAUAGUGAUGGAGGUACAUGGAAAUGGAAUUGGACAGAAUUAUGUGGAUAUCGUGAUGAUUUUAACCUUUUAAAUUCAGAUACACGUGACCUUGAUGUAUGCUUUCAACAACUUUUCCUCCAGAUUCCAGUUUUAGCCUGUAUUGCAGUAAUAUCUGCUUAUUAUUGUGGAAAAAGAAAUGCAUAUUCUAUUAAUCAUUUUGGUUCUAAUUAUGUUAUAAACUUGAGAAUUAUAAUUACAGUGUGCCUUAUAAUCCUUCCUAUAAUUAAAGCAUAUAUUAUUGUUGUUAAUACUGUUCUUGUUCCACAUAACAGUGUACCAUCCAACAGUAGUUCAAUAGAUAAAUAUAUCAAGACACCAUCUACAAAUAUAUCUGCUUCUUUGGAGACUUCAAAUAUAAUAGAUCAGAUAAAAGAUGGAUGGAAUCAUACAAUUGACUUUGCAAAAUCAAUUUUUUCUUCAAGGAGUAAAAUUCAGAAUGUCACUGAACCUCUUCUUGUUUCUAGUACACAAGACUAUAAUUCAGUAUUAAUUGGAGUCAAAGAUGAAGUAACAUCUGUCAAACCUAUUGACUACCUUGUGGCAGGUACUGAAGGAUUAGCAUGGGUUGUUCACCUAUGUUUUGUAUUAAGUAUAAGAAGAACGAGGAAUUUUAAUCCAAGAGGACCUGUGUUAAUUCGGGCAUUGAUAUUUUUAUUAAUUGUUGUUUCCACAUUGCUGCUACGAAGUCAUAUCAAAUAUAAUUUUCAAAAUGAUAUUUUACCCAAUUGUUCAUUGGGAUUUAGUAUUAGUGUAGUCAUUCUGCUAAUAGCCUAUACUAUAACACUGAUACCAGGUCACAGUAAUUUAAGGGAUAUGAGAUCAUCUCAAUUUAACGAAAUAGGAGAACGGACAGCAUUGUUAAGUACACCUAAUUCAGCUUAUGUAAGAUUCCUUGAGGAGCAGGACCUAAGUUAUCUUGGAACUGCUAUGGAGAAUGCAUCACUAAACUCUAAACUUAUGUUUAAUUGGGUGAAACCCCUAAUGGAAAAGGGUGUUCAAGGCUUAUUAAAUCAUUCAGAUGAUCUAUUUGACUUACCAGAAUAUAUUAGUACUAAUACAAUUAGUCAGAAGAUUGAUAAGCAUUUGCAAGAUAUGUCAAACAGUAUAAAUAAUCAGGUGGAAAAUACUGAAUCAGUGUUAGGUACACAUGUUGAAAUUGCUUCGAACAAAGUUACAUUGUUUAUGUUAUUGCACAAAUGCUUUGGUUGGGAGUUUUAUUCAGUUGGAAUAUUAAAGUUUAUUACUGACUUGACCUCAUUUAUGGGACCACUGUUAUUGAAUAAAUUUAUUGGUUUUAUUGAAAACAAAAAUGAACCUGUUUCCCAUGGAUAUUUAUAUGCAACAUUAAUAUAUAUGAGUGCUUUUAUAGGAGCCUUCUGUAAUACCCACUUCACAUUUUGGAUGUCUGUGGUUGGUUUAAAAAUUCGUUCCACGGUUAUAACUUUGUUGUAUAGAAAGAUUUUGCAUUCUUCAAGUACUCAACUGAAGCAACAAUUUAAUUUUGGCGAAAUUGUUAAUUUUAUGAGUACAGAUAGUGAGAGACUUGUUAACAGUUGUUCCAGUUUUCAUGCAUUUUGGAGCAUACCAUUACAGUUAGUUGUGACAUUGUAUCUUCUUUAUAUGCAAAUAGGGAUUUCAUUCCUAGCUGGUAUUAGCUUUGCAAUAGUGCUUAUACCUAUAAAUAAAGUAAUAGCAAGUAAAAUUGGGAAACUUAGUACAAAAUUAAUGGAAUAUAAAGAUCAAAGGGUCAGACUUAUAGGGGAGACAUUACGUGGAAUAACUACAAUUAAAUUAAAUGUAUGGGAAGACCAUUUUUUAAAGAAUAUAUUAAAAUUACGAGACAAUGAAAUUAAAUAUUUACGUGGCAGAAAAUAUCUGGAUGCCUUGUGCGUUUAUUUUUGGGCCACAACACCUGUGUUGAUUUCUAUAUUAACAUUUGGUACGUAUGUACUUACCGGAAAUGAACUCGAUGCAAAAACAGUGUUUACUAGUAUGGCACUGUUAAACAUGCUAAUAGCACCAUUGAAUGCAUUCCCUUGGGUCUUGAAUGGUCUUACAGAAGCUUGGGUGUCACUUAAAAGAAUUCAGAGAAUUUUGGAUCUAUCGGAUACAGAUAUGUCGUCAUAUUAUUCAGAACCACCAUCGGAAGUGGAUUUAAUGCUUCAAAAUCUAACGCUUAGUAUAAGGUCGCAGCAGCAAAAUGACGUGGAACAAAACGGUCUUGGCACACCUAAUAUUGUUUCAAGUCCAUCUAGUAGUUCAGAGACUAAAAGGAUUGUUGGCUUUGAAGAUGAUGGCUCUUUUAGUUUACAUGAUAUUAAUAUUACAGUUCCAAAGGGGCACUUAAUUGGCAUUAUGGGAGAAAUAGGUAGCGGAAAAUCGCUACUUUUAGAUAGUAUUUUAGGUGAAAUUAUUAAAAUCCGUGGUACAAUAGCAGUAAAUGAUAUCGAAAAGGGUUUUGCAUAUGUGAAACAAAAUGCUUGGUUACAGCGAGGUACAAUUCGAGAUAAUAUCUUAUUUGGGAAAUCUUAUGAUUCUAACAAAUACAAGAAUAUUUUAAAAGCAUGCGCCCUCACUACUGAUUUAAAUUCCCUGCCUAAAAGAGAUUUAACGCUUAUUGGUGAGGCAGGAAACACGUUGAGUGGAGGUCAGAAAACAAGAAUUUCUUUGGCGCGAGCCGUAUACGCAGAUAAAGAUAUUUACUUAUUAGACGAUGUUUUGGCGACUUUAGAUCCAAAUGUCGCUGCUUAUGUAUUUGAACAUGUUAUUUUGGGUUUAUUGAAAGGCAAAACAAGAUUAUUGUGUACUCAUCAAACUCAAUAUUUAAUUCACGCUGAUUUAGUAGUAAAAAUGGAAAAAGGCAGGAUAAUCAAUCAGGGUAAACCAAACGAUGUUUUGUCCAAUUUAGAAGACUAUUUAUUAUCUUCGGAUUUUAUAGAAUCAGACUUAGAUAUUAAAUCUAUGACUGAUCUACCGAGAGAAAUAUAUCAAACUAAUAGAGAGAACGAAGAUCCUUUGCUUGAAGAAGAAUUUAGAGAAAGGGGCAGAGUACAUCUUGGAGUGUACACUUGCUACGUGAAAGCUGUAGGUCGUUAUUUAGCAAUUGCAAUACUUCUCUCUAUGUUUUCAAUGCAAAGUUCUAAAAAUAUUACGGACUUAUGGCUCUCUUAUUGGGUCACUCAUAGUAAUACAACUGCCGCUAAUACCACAGAUAGGUCAAAGCCUUUGAAGCUAGAAUAUUUUCUUAAUGAUGAUAAUCUAAGUACUAAUUAUUAUUUGACGGUAUAUGCUCUUUUAGCCGUAUUUAAUACAAUAUUCACAUUAAUGAGAGCAUUUAUGUUUGCAUAUGGUGGAAUUCAAGCAGCCAUUACUAUACACAAACAACUUUUAAAGGUUGUAGUACGGGCUAAAACUGCAUUUUUUGACAUACAACCAUUCGGUAGAAUUUUAAACAGAUUUUCGUCUGACACGUAUACGGUCGAUGAUAGUCUUCCCUUUAUCGCUAACAUAUUAUUUGCACAGUUAUUUGGCUUGGUUGCAACAGUUAUUGUUACAGCUUAUGGUUUACCAUGGAUACUCUUAGUAUUAGCGCCAUUGAUACCGAUUUAUCAUUGGAUACAAAAUCAUUAUAGAUUAACGUCAAGAGAAUUGAAGCGCUUAUCCAGUGCCGCACUUUCGCCGUUAUACGCACAUUUUAACGAAACUUUAUAUGGACUCUCUACUAUUAGAGCUUUUCGUACUGUACCUCGCUUCAAGCAAGAAAACGAAUUCUUACUAGAGAUCAGUCAAAAAACGCAAUUCGCAUCGUUGGCUAUCAGCCAAUGGCUUGCACUGAGAUUACAACUCAUUGGAGUAAUACUUUUAGCAGGAGUGAGCAAUAUAGCUGUUUUACAACAUCAAUACGAUGUGGUGGAUUCUGGCAUGAUAGGCCUUGUUUUUACGUAUACGUUAUCCGUGACUGGACUACUUUCUGGCGUAGUAAAUGCAUUUACAGAAGCAGAAAGGGAAAUGAUUGCGGUUGAACGCGUGAAACAAUAUUUAGAGAACGUUCCGGUUGAAAAUUCAAAAGGAGAAAAUCCACCGUACGGUUGGCCGAGCCAAGGUGUAGUUGAAUUUAAGGACGUUCUUUUAAAAUACAGAGAACAUUUGGUGCCAUCUUUGAACGGCGUAUCGUUUGUUACAAGACCAGCAGAAAAGAUUGGAAUUGUUGGACGUACAGGUGCUGGAAAAAGUUCCCUAUUCUCUUCCUUGUUUAGGUUAACGGAAAUAACUUCCGGGAACAUAUUAAUCGAUAACACUAAUAUACAAUCUUUACAAUUAAACGCUUUAAGAUCCCGAUUAGCUGUUAUACCCCAAAAUCCAUUUUUAUUUUCUGGUACUAUUAGGGAAAAUCUUGAUCCCCUAAAUCAGUAUCCAGAUUUGCAUAUGUACAAAGCAUUAGAGAAAUGUAAAGUUCAUUCGUUGGUGCAUCGAUUGGGGGGACUUGGCGCUACUUUGGAAGAAGGUGGUAGCAACCUCAGUGCGGGUCAGAGACAACUUUUUUGUUUAGUUAGAGCGAUUUUGCACAAUGCCAAGAUUGUCUGUAUCGACGAAGCUACGGCGAACGUUGAUCAAGAAACGGAGAAAUUUAUUCAGGCGACAAUAAAGACUUCAUUCCAGAGUGCUACCGUUUUCACUAUAGCUCAUAGGAUAAGGACGAUUAUGCACUGUGAUAGAGUUCUUGUUAUGGGAGACGGCGAAGUCUUAGAGUUCGAUGAACCAAAUUUAUUGAUAGAAAACAGUGAUUCUCACUUCUAUCAUCUAGCGAAUCAAGAAUUUUCCGACAGGGAGUGAAUUUAUCGUAUGUAUCUUCCAACGAGAAUAUUUAUUUUCCUUUAUACGAUAAACUUUUUAUAAGUACAUAGUCUCAUAAGUGUCAUAGUAUUGGUUAUUUUUGACUGUGCAUAGGAUAACGCGAUUUCUACAUCACAGGUACAAUUUUAUUUUACUUUAUUAAUCAUAGUUAUUUUCGUACGAAUUUACAAGGACCGUAUUUUAACCAAUAAUGAUACCGAUAAGAGUUUAUGCGAUUAUGAUAAAAGAUGAAACUUCCGUUUGAUUUGUAUAUUAUUUGCUUUAUGCUUAAGGUAAUUUGUACUCUGUCAAGCUACCUCGCUGUACGUUCUUAUACU